CCCGCGCUUGGAGAAACCCCGGGACCUCGACCGAGCGGAGGCAGCGCUGUGGAAGACUGGCGGCCGCGCUCCUGCGGGGGGAACCCCGAGAGGGGCGCGCCUGGCACCCCGAACUCCUCCGAGACGCACGGGGACUGAGGGCUGGGUCUUUGCGGGCGAGAUGAGGGUGUCGGUUCAACUGGCCUACAAAGUCCCAGUCCUCGGGCCCCGGACGACGGCAGCCCCGCGCCCCUCCGGCCUGGCCGCUUCCUGCCGGGCCCGUAUGCGCGGCUCUCCCGGGGUCGGGGUAGGGAACGUGGACGCGCACCCCAAGCUCGGCCGCCUGUGCUUGUGGGUGGGUGGGGGGGCGGGGCUGGAAGCGCGCUCUCCAGGGCUCUUUGCUGUGAUUCCGGGGUCCUCGCCCUUUACAGGGGGAGCGGGGACUCGCUGGGAGAUUGGAGUCGGGCCGCGGGGACUUUCCCCCAGGAGCCGGGUCCUCGCCAGGCUGACCAGGGGCGAGGAACGCAGCCCCGCACCCCCCGCGCGGGCUUUCUCGGCUCCGCACCCUUGAAUCUGUCUGGGUGUAGGGGACUGGCCCCGGGGAGACUGGCCGCUGUGUGGGGAUCUAGCCUCUGACCUAAGAGGCCCCGUGUCUUGUCCCUCCCCCCUCCAACCUUUCUGUAAAAACGUGUGUCUGCCGGUGUUUAGUUCCCUGGCACUUGCAAUUUAAUGGUUAUGGCACUAAACCUAACAACGUCUUCAGUUUUAUGCCGAGAUUCUUUUCUUAAAUCCUCAGUUGGUUUCUCGCCCUCCCCCCCAAAAAAAAACAACCAACAACCAGAAAACGACACUGGCUUUGCAUGAUGUUGGAACUUUUUCUUGUUUGUGUGCUGUUUUGGCGGCCUUGGCGGGGACCUUGGGGGAAGGUGAAUUGUGUGAAGGGCAAGAUGACAGGGUUAAGGCACCAUGUCCGCCCUUACCCUUUUUGACUUUGGGCCAUAGAAAUGUUCUAUAAUGGAAGCAGAAAGGAGGGAAAGAGAGACACCAGCCUGGCCAGGUCAGCUUCCCUCUCUGGUAGUUGUGGGGAAACCUACUUUAGAAAGUUUUCCCAGCUUGCCCUGGGCAGGGUAGAGUAGACCUCGCAGGAGUCCUACUGGCAGGCACAUCUUUGUUGGUUUUGGUGGUCAUGAUUUGGUGGCCAUGUGGGGACUGGGAUGUAGGAGAGCCAGGG